AUGUUCGCCCGGAAUUGUGGAUUGCAUGCCCUACGCAGCUGCGGUCGGACGGCCAGACCUUACGUCCAUCGAGCCCCCACGACGAAGCUCGUCUCCCGACGCUUUUCCUCGUCUUCCUCGUCGUCUGCGUUCAGCAAUGGUCCUGCUCCAACGACACAUCCUCUCGCGGGGGUUGCCACACAGCUUGAUCAUGUCGCACCCCGGUUCGAGAUUGACCCGGACAAUAUUCAGAUCCUCGAUUCUCCAACCGCUUUCUACGACACCCUGAAGGCCAAGAUAAAAGGAGCAAAGCGACGGAUAUACCUGUCUACAUUGUACAUUGGCAAGACCGAGCACGAGCUCAUCGAGACCCUCAAGGAAGCGUUGGAGAACAACCCGAACCUCGAGGUCUCAAUCCUCACUGAUGCACUUCGAGGCACUCGGGAGGACCCCAAUCCGUCAUGUGCUACCCUCCUUGCACCGUUGAUCGUCCAAUUUGGCGACCGGGUGCGGAUCUCCAUGUUCCACACUCCAAAUCUGAAUGGGUGGAAGAAGAAGUACAUGCCCAAGCGGAUAAACGAAGGAUGGGGCCUUCAACACAUGAAACUCUACGGCUUUGACGAUGAAAUAAUGCUCUCAGGCGCCAAUCUAUCCAAUGACUACUUCACCAACCGCCUAGACCGUUACCACGUUUUCUCUUCCAAAGAGCUCACAGAUUUCUACGGCGCUGUUCACGAAGCUGUCUGCGAUCUAUCGUAUAACCUCGUUCCUUCAGAGGAGCUUCCCGGCGGCUUCGAGCUGCUUAGCCCCCAUGAGCGAGGGUACCCUGAUCCCUUGUGGCAUACAAAGAAAUUCAAGGCAUACGCAAAAGAAAUCCUUGAGCCAUUAAUCCACAAGAAAGCUAGACAAAAAAUGUUUCCGCUCGAGUUCACACAGCAAAAGACAUUCGUCUACCCUCUGGCUCAGUUCGAUGUCCUCCUUGGCGCCCCCAAAAACAUGGCCCUGCUCGACUAUGAGUUUGCACAGUACACUUCCACAGAGAAGCCUGCAAUCACCAAACUGCUCACCAACCUCGCCGAGGAUGAGAGACUGCACAAGUCAACGUGGACAUUCACUGCUGGAUACUUCAAUAUCGACCCAGACAUCUGCACACUGCUCAUAGCUGCCGCCCCAGAAGGGUCGUCUGCAGUGCAGAAGCCAGGCAUCAAAGCUUUUGAAAAGGCGUGCACGGUGAUCACCGCAUCGCCGUGGGCCAACGGCUUCUACGGCAGCCCCGGAGUGAGCGGUAUGCUACCCGCAGCGUAUACCCUCCUCUCUCGACGUUUCCUGCGAACCGUGUAUAAUGCUGGCAAAGAAGACGUAAUCCAGCUUAAGGAGUGGAGAAAAGGCACAGUUGGCGAGCCCGGUGGAAUGACCUACCACGCCAAAGGGCUAUGGGUCACUCUCCCACCUCAAUUGGACGCUGAUGGACAAGCCGUUGAUGAACCGGGACCGAGCAUCACGGUGGUAGGGAGCAGCAACUACACCAAAAGGAGCUAUAGUCUCGACCUAGAAAUCGGGGCGAUGAUCCUCACCGGCGACGAAGGGCUCAAACAAAGACUGAAAGAAGAGACGGAGAAUCUACAGAAAGACGCGACGGUCGCAACGCAGGACGAUCUCGCGAGAAUCGAUCGGAGGGUAGGCUUGAAGGUGCGGCUGGCCCUUUGGCUCGUCGAGGCCCUGGGCGGGGCUUUAUGA